AUGAAUAUCAUUCAAUUAGCCGCUGCUCUUUUCGAAACGACUGACAUUAGCGCUUUAGAAAAAAUUCAUCAUAAAUGUUUUGGUGAUCGAAAGAUGGAUACAGCACCUGGUGAUUAUCGUGCAAAAAUGUAUUUGAUAGAAGGAAUGAUUUCAAUACUCAAAGGACAAUGUUUCGAUGCUGUUGGUAAAUUUCAUCAAGCAAUGGCUUGUUUACCUUCUGAGGAGACGGCCACGGCACUAGUCAUAUUGAUGAGUGAUUCCAUAUUUCAUCAAGCACUUAUUAACGAAUUGCUAUCAGCAGUUAGUGUACUAGUCACCAGCGGUCUCAAGAGUGCACUUGCCGCUCCCAUUCAUCCUCCACCAUCGGAGUUUGCCGCCGAAAAUUAUCUCACUGCUAAUAUACGCAUUAAUCUUGUGCGCAAAUAUGAACGUGCCAUUUUGAAACGUCUAACUAAGGAUUCAUUGCAAUCAGCUUUUUCCUACAUUGACAUGUGCGACGCAGUCCAUGAUCCAACUUGUCUUGUAUCGAAUUGGACAAUUGCAUAUGAAGAACGAAGUGCACGAUCAAUGAUUCGCUCACAAUUGGAAGAAGUCGAUCGACAAAUUGUUGAGGAUGCCGUUGAAAAUAUUUGUGAUCAGGCUCAUAUUUCAAUCUCGGACACAGCACAAUCUUAUGUCAAAGCAUGGCUCGACAAUCAAUACGAUGGCGCUGAACAAUUGGCUCGUUUCAUUGCCGAUAGACUCACCACUCGUGAUCAUGUACUGAUGCGUCCACUGAUGCAUCCCCUUGAACAAUUAGGAAUUUGUGUACGCGAAAAUGAAGAUAAAUUUGAUGCAAUGAAACAUUCUGAUAAUACUUGCAAUUGGGUACCAGCCGUCUUUUUGAACAAAACAGGCAACGGCAUGCGUAUCUAUGGUGGAGUCAAUUUGCAACUCAAACUAACUGAAGGUCGAGUACCGAUAAACAAUCUGGCUUCGCAAUACAAUGCUGCAAAUGUUUUUGCCAGCCAAACGAAUGUCUCAGCAACAGGUCCUCGUAACAGGCAAGAGUAUCAUGCGAUGAAACAAAAUCUUAUCGUUGCAUCAGCCACAAAUAAUACUGGAUCGUCCAGAGGUGGUGCUUCAGGAAGUGGAAGUUCUUCAAGUGGAAAUAGUUCAGGUCGCGGUGGAAGUUCGUCGAGAGGUGGUAAUGGUAGAAAGCCACCAUAUGAUACAGGAAGUUCCACAGGGAAAGAAUCAAAUGCCAAAACUACGCCAACAGAAAGACAAUUUCCUGCUUAUCACGCACAUGGACACGAAAAGCGCACAGGCAUAGGAGCCACGCCAAAGCUUAUCGAUCACAUGGCUUCGCGUGCUCAGAACAACCCUGAAACUCAUCCAACAGAAAAAAGUCUUUAUCAUUGGAAAACAAACAUGACCAAGGGUGAUUUUACACUACUAAAAGAAAAAGUUCAGACGCCUAAAAAUGCAAACGCUGGAUUUCAGACAAUGACUCUUCGAAUAUAUCAAGGUAGAACAGCUGAUGGUAAAGAAAUUGAAAUACGUACAUCAAAUAUUGAUGGGAAAGGUGAACGUAUCACUACGGCGUUCGAAAGCACGCUUCACAAAGACAAGGAUUCAUCUUAG